AUGGACCCGAGGUAUCAGUCCUCAGGAAAUAUGCCACAGCAUUAUGAUUUCAUAUCAAAUACUACAAACAAUAAUAACAAUAGUAAUUCAUCGGAUCAUCUAAAACAUACAACACCAUCAGCUGAACGUUAUUUUCAUCGUGCCCCAUUGAUAUUUCCUCGUUUUCAUCAACAGCAUACUCAAAAUACACCAACAAGACUUUCUUCAUCGAAUUCGGGCCCAUUACAUCAUAAUCGUCCUCGUUUUUUAUCCGCUUGGAAUCUUACUCCAAGACCAGUGAUGUAUAAUUCGCCACGCAAUAUUGCUCCGAAUACUCCGGUAUCUACAGCAAUGUCGAAACCAAAUGUUGAGGAUCGUACUCAACUUCAAAGCAUGCCAGCGAAAGAUUUCGCUGAUUUAGUAAUGUUACCACGUGAAUGGCGUCGUGGUGAUGAUUGCAUUCAGUGGCCUAGAAAUCAUGAUUAUUAUAAUAUUGUAUGGCUUGAAAAUCUUUGGAAAUAUAUUAAUGAAAAACUUCCAAAUGAUUUAACUAUUCUUGAAAAUACUAAUAUUCUCUAUUCGCUACAAUUAACACGCCCAUUAGGUGGUCCAGCAUCACUUAAUACAAUAGCAUUGUAUAAAUUAUCAAAAAACAUUGGCCUAAUACAAUUACCAAUGUCAGCAACUAAAGAUGAUGUAUCAGUACAAAAAGUUUUGUUAAAAUUAAACUUUCAUUGCAUCGAUCCAUUUCCGGAAAUUAUACGUCGUCAUAAGCUAGUUGAGGAAUAUGUACCAUCAUUAUCUUAUUUAGGUUUAUUACAAAUAUUUAAAUGUCGUCUAAGACAUUUUACACAAAUUAAAAUUCAACAAGAAUUUAAUACAUUAUUAAAUGAACAUGAUAUUAAAUUAUUACGACAAUAUUUAUCGCGAAUUAUGACACAACAAUUAGAUGAAUCGAAUAUACAAUGUAUUAAACAAUUACCAAUAUUUGAUAAUGCGUAUAUAGGUAAUGAUACAAAUCAACAACAACAACAUUUUAAAUACAUUAGUUUAAAUAAUAUAUUAUAUAUCUAUGAAUCUGGAACAAAACUACCAAUUGAUAUACAACCACCAAAACAAUGUAUUCAUGUUACUGAUAGUGAUUCAAGAGUUUUGUUAGAUAAAUUAGGUUAUGUUAUACAUGAUUUUACACAUGUUGCUCGUUAUCUUAUUAAGACUAUCGAACAGCAACAACAACAACAGCAACAACAGCAGCCGCAACAAAAUUCGAAGAAUAUCAAUUUAAAAGUUGAUCAGCAAAGAAUGAUAUUUUUAGGAAAAUGGCUUCUAUCAAAUUGCACAAAUUUGAUUUUAACUGACGUCGUCAGUCAAGAUACAUUAUCAACCUGUCGUCUAUUUCUCAAUCGUAAAGGUGAACUUUGUUCAUGUCAACAAAUGUUUGAUCCAUCAUCAUUUCAAAAUAAUAAUAAAGAGAAAUAUUUAGUUUUAUUUGAAUCAAAAUAUUUGCCGUCCGUUGAAUUUUGUUCCACAAAUGAAAAUUUAAGUUUAUUACGACAUCUUAAAUUACGACAAUUUUAUGAUAUAAAAUCCGAUGAAGUUAUUGAUAUAUGUGAAUCAACAAUUAAAGAUACAUCAUCAACAACAAGUAAUAAACGUUCAUUAAUGUUAUUGUUAGCUGAAUUUAUUGUCGAUAUCUUAAAUCAAAAUCCAAAAUUAAUCGAUGAAUAUUCACAAGCAAAACAAAUUGCUCUGAGACAAUAUUUAAAUAAUGCACCAUGGGUGCCAGUUAUGGCGGAAAGACCACAUGGAUAUCCAGCGACACUGACAUGGCAAAGUGCAAUCGAUCUUCGUCAUUCUUUUGUAACUCUUCGUGAAGUUUCCGAUAAAACUCAUGGAUUUCUUGUUGGUGCUGUAACACUUAUUUCAGCUCUUGACCUUCCGGAAUCAUUCUAUCCACCGGCACGUGCAACAUCAUCAAUAAAUCGUAUUACACUUGAUAUGCGUGAAUUAAAACUUGACUUAUUAAUAAAACAAUUGAAAUGUAUUGUGUUAUGUUAUCAAAAAAGUUCACCACAAGAGCAAAAAAAUGAAACAUUUGAUUAUUUAAAUUUAUGUAAACGUCUCUAUGACACAUUAUCACAGUUAAAUAAUCCAAAUGAUAUAUUAAAAGAAAUGCGUCUAUCUGAUUUAACUGAAUGGAUAUGGAAUAGUACUCAUGGUUUUUCAUCAACAAAUCAUAUUUAUCUUAUUGAUAAAAUUCAUCCGUUAGCACCAUAUGUACAAAUUCUUCCAUAUGAAUUAUAUAACUACAGAAAAUUUUUUGAAUCAAUGGGUGUUAAAUAUUUACCUGAUGUAUCAAAAUUAGAAGAUCUACUACGUAAUCAACAACAUCAACCGAUUGAUGAGAAUUUAUUUAAAUGGAUCAAAGAAACAUACACCAAAGAUCGUCGUCUAUUACAACUCAUUCAUGAUUUAGAAACAAAAUCGAAUUCAAAAGGAAAUCCUAAAGUUAAAAAUACAAAUGAUGAUCAAACACGCAUUACAUUUUCUAGUACACUCGAUUUAGCUGAAGAUAAAAUUUAUCUUUAUUUAACAGAUAUAUUUAAUCAGCAAGCAAAUAUCAAAGAAACAGUUAUACAAGCAUUGACAACAAUAUCCAAAGAAAAGAAAACUCAACUAUUAACUGAAGAAGAUUAUUUUAUACGUAAAAUGUCUGGUAGUGAAUAUCAAAAAAAUUUAUUUGAUCAUUAUCGAGCAUAUAAUGAUUUAGUUUUACCAAAUUUAAAUGUUUUACCUAAAAAUGUUAAAGAUACAUUGGUUCUAUUUGCAUUAGAUCAUGCUGAUAAUACAAUGUUAAAUAUAUUGAAACAACAUUGUUGUAUACCAUGCACACCCAAUGGACGUAUAUUAAACAAACCAUCAAAAUUGAUACAUCCUUAUUGUCGUUUAGCAUCACUUUAUUCUGAUAUUGAUUCAUUAUUUCCAUAUGGCGGGCAAGAUUCGUAUUUAAGAGAAGAUCGAUUAAAUGUUUUAAAAUUACUUGGUAUGAAAUGUGAUGAUAAUCUUGUAACAUGGCCAGAACUUGUCGAACGUUGUGAAUCCAUUCAACGUAUGCGUGAUUAUGAUCUAGCGCGUGAACGUUCUCUAGCACUUCUUCAAAUUCUCAAUGAUAUGCUAUCAAUGUCAAAUGUAAAUCCUACUCGAACAUAUGACGAAAACGAUGACCCAUUAGAUCGUCGUUCGCGUCAAUCAACAUCGACAGCACGCGAGAAAACUACAAAUGGUAAUCUAUCGAAUGGUUCAUCAUCGAUAUUAAAUACACAUGAAGCUCUACAUGACAAAGAAGCUCGUACACGAGCAUCUUUACAAUUACGUGAAUUAGCAUUUAUACCCAUUAAAACUCGUCCAAUAGAAUUAAAUGGAAUAAAUUUAACAUGGAUGGGUGAUAAAUAUUCGAAACGUUUAUUCAAACCUAAAGAUGCUCUAUCUCAACAAUAUGAACAUUUAAUUUGUUCAACAUGGCCAAUAGCUGAACAAUCGAAAAAUAGCCAAGAACAAAUUAUAUUAACAAAACAAGUUGAACAUUUUCUUGGUCUUGAUGAUACAACUAAAAUUGAACUAAAAGACGUACUAAAACAAUUGGAUGAAAUAUCGAAAUUAUCAAUUAUCAAUAAUUCUAAUCUAGUUGUCUAUAAUCAUCAAAUAACAUCAAAAUAUAUUCUUGAUAUGAGUUAUACAGUCUAUGAUUAUAUUCAAUCAUUUUGUUUUCCUCAAUUACAACAAUUCAACGAACAAACAUUUGAAUAUCGCUCAACAACAAUGAUACCGAAUCAAUUGGAACAAAUUAUUUUUGAUGUUCGCCAGUUUUUUGCUCAACACCGUCUUAUUUAUUUUACUGAUUCAUCAUCGAUUGAUACCUAUUUAUUUUUAUCAUUGCCACAAUUAUUAUGGCAACCACCCAAUCGUUAUUCAGCAUCAAUGUCAAAUCACUUAAAACCUUAUUAUUAUUCAAUACCAAUCGCAUUACAUAAACGUUAUAAACAUUUUUUUCAUGAUUUAUUACAAAUUAAAAUUCAACUUGAUGGUAAAGAUCUUUUACAUAUAAUUGAACAAAUUAAGAAAAAAUAUGGUACAAAACCCAUUGACAAAGAUGAUUUAACUUUACUACAAAAUAUCUAUACACUUUUGAUCGAACAAUAUUCAAAUGUUUUCAAUACAAAUACUGAUUUAUAUUUGCCUAAUGUUGAUUGCGUUCUACAUCCAGGCUCACAAUUGUGUUUUUAUCCAUUUGAAAGAGAACAAAUAUCUUCAACUACAACUCCAUCUGCACAGGACGAGCAUUACGUGCAUCCAUCUGUUGAUAGACGUGUGUGCGUCAAGGCCGGUGUACAAACACGAAAAAAUCCAACAGUUACUGCAACUGUAUCAUCAACAUCUCCUAUAAACAACAGUUCAUCGAUGAACAUGAUGAAUAAUACAAAUUCGUCACGUUCAUUUCCGAAAAUAUUUGGUAACAAAAAGUUAGAAUCAAUUUUAGCACGUCUCGAUGAUCCACAUAUCAAUCCUCAACUUGUUGAAACUAUGGACGAGUCAAAUCCCAAUAUUGUCUUAGAAUUUCUACUUGAAUCAAAUAAGUAUACGCAAAUAACAAAUAAUUUAUCCGAUGAUGAUAUCAUAAUUAUAUUAAAAUAUUUCAAUGACUUUUUAACAAAUGGUUAUCAAGGUAAUUUUCAAAAACUACGUGAGUUAAAAAUCUAUAAACCACUUUGGGGUAUUGCAUCAACUGAUGAUAAACAACAACAAGCGAUUCAACAAUGUUGUUCAUUGGAAAAAUUUGCUCAUGUCUAUAUCUUAAAUGAAGAAUGGUCAAAUUUAAUUCGACGUUCAUUCAAACGAAAUUUUUUUACCGAACAAUUUCAUGAGAAGAAAACUGUUUUAUUAAUGCAAAAGAAAAUUGAACCAUUAAGUAAAAUAUUUUCACAUAUACGAUUUAACAUUUUAUCGGAUUUGGAAAUAUUUUUACAAUUAUGUUUACCACAUUUUAAAAAAUUAGAUGCUAAAUCUCAAGUGAAUCUAUUGAAAUAUUUUAUUGAUGAUAUUGAUGAAAAAUUAUUUCAACAUGAACGAGAUCAAUGUAGAAAACAAUUACAUGAUCAUUUGGAAAUUUUUACACAAACAUCAAAUAAUAAUAUCGAUCAUUUAUAUAAACCGUCAAUAGGAAUUUCAAGAUCAUUGCGUGAUCCACCAGAAGUUUGUCCAAUCUUUGAAUUAUACGAUCCAAAUAUAAAAGAUAUUCGUUCAAUCUUAGGCGUCCAUCAUUUUCCCGAUGACCAAUUUCAUACACCAACAAUGUUAAAGUUUCUUAAAGAAUGUGGCCUACGUUCUUAUAUUUCAACAGAUAAAUGUAAACAAAUAAUGGAAUCAAUUCAACUCAAUGUUAAACAAGCCGGAUGGACCAAUGACCAACGUAAACGUUCCAGAUAUUUAUAUGAACAUUUACUAGCAAAUUGGACGCGUUAUGAUAAUUCUGUAUUAGGCUGUAAAUUUCUUGAACCACAUCAAAUGAGUUUUGAAAAUGAUGAUCUGUUGAAAUUACACGAACAAUAUACAACUUGUGAUGAAACAACAGCUAAUGAACAUCUUCAGUAUACAUGUAUUAAAUUAAGUGAUGGAGAAUUAUUACGAGAUGCAAAAUUAUGUUGGACAUCAUCAUAUCUAUUACCCGACUUUGUUUCACUUGAACAAUAUAAUGAUUUUAAUGAUAAAAAAGAACCGAUUGAUCAAAAUGCAAUUGACUUUUUUAAAUUAAAUAAAAAGCCAUCUUCUUCAUUAGUGAAAAAGAAUUUAGCUAAUUUAGCAAAAAAAUUCUCAUUAAAAUAUCAUAAACUCAACGACAUAAGAUCACCUACAACAACAAUGACUCAACAGGGUAUUGACGAUAUAUUGGUGUCAAUUUUAAAAAAUAUUUAUCAUUAUUUUCAAUAUGAAAUUAAAUUUGAACGUCGAGCAGAAAUCUAUAAAGAAUUCGAAGAUAUUGAAUGCAUCUAUUCACGUACUCGACGUCAAUUUUUACAAGGAAAAUAUUUUUGUUUAAAUUUACCAAUGAACGAUGAAAUACCGCCGUUUUUAUUUUCACUAGAUAAAGAUUUUCAUGAAUAUAAAGAUUUUUUUCUACAAGUUGGUGUUCAAGCUGAACCACACCCGAUGUUAUAUGGUGACAUAUUAAGAAAAUUAUCUAAAGUUUGUGAUCAAGAUUAUUUGAAUUCAAAUGAACUUUGUAAAUCAUUGAAAGCUAUGGAAUGUUUUUUUAAAUACUUGGCAACAAACUCGACUAUUAACUCACAAACAAAGCUACCUGGUCUUUAUCUUGUAUCGAAUGAUUUUAAAUUAGUCAAAUCUAAUGAAAUAGUUAUUAUGGAUGAUAAAACAAAACUUGAUUAUAUGACAAAAUUGGUUAACGACAAAUUUAUGUUUAAUCCAAACGAACGUGUACUUAAACUUGAUUCAAUGCCUGCAUCAGCACCAAAACAUAAUGGUUCAACAGCACAUAUAAAAGAAAUUAUUGAAAAGAUCUAUGUUAGUCAACGGCCAACAUUAUUUACACAAAAAUAUGAAGAAUCAUUUUCAAUCACAAUACCAGAAGAUGAAGAAUCUCAUCGUCAACGUUUUCUCUAUAAUCUUGAAAGAAAAUAUAAUCAACUAUUAGCAUCGCGCCAUUUACAUCGUUGUAUGGCACGAGUUAUAGCAAAUCAUGUUGCACGACAACCAAAUCCAAAAAUAAUAUCUAUGGAUGAUGUAGAAAAUUUAAUACGUCAACGUUUAAUAUAUAUUAAAGUAACAUGCGUUGAAUAUCUUGAAACAAAUUUAGUUUAUAAAAAAACGCAACAAAAAGUUGAUCAAUCAGUUGAUGAAAAAGCUGUAUAUUUGGUUGCUGAAGGAGCAGAGAAUAUUAUAUUGUACAUUAGUAUGAAGCACACCGAACAACCCUAUUUUACAUUAUGUUUAGCACGUGCAUUGAGUCCAUGUUUAGGUUUAUCUGAAUUGCAAUUAGAUAAUUCUGUUAUGGCUGCAUUAUUAGCCACCACAAUAGGACAAAUGUCCAAAUUAUUAAAUUUGGUUAAUGUUGCUGACGAAGAAAAUAUUUUAUCCAUAUUGAAAUUACAAUAUAUACCAUCGCCAGGUAAUGUUUAUGGUGAUGAUGUUGAACAAUUACAAAAAUUUAAUAUUGAAACACAUCAAAUAUUACCAGGAGAUUUAUGUGUUUAUCGUGUUAAUGAUUUAUAUAUCUAUUGUGAAGUUGAGAGUAUUAUCAAAGAAUAUACACAAGCUGAACAAGAACGAUGGUCAUGGAAAAAUACGAAUUCAUCAUCGCUUGUACCAUCAUAUGCAUUUAUAUGUCGAAUUAAUGAUGGACAAGAUACAGAAAGAAUUGAAGCCACUAACUUCUAUGUACUUGAACAUUGGUCGAGAAUAUUUGAUGCUGUUCAUACAAAACCAGUUGAUGAAAGAGAAACAUUUAAAUCAUCGGCAUCAAGUUCAACAACAAAUGGACACGGAAAAACUUCCAAUGAUGAUAAAGAUAAAUUUAAUGGUGACAACUUUUCUUAUUCAUCUCAACGCUCAGGAAAAGCAACUAAUGAUAGUACUGGUUUUACUAGUGAUCCAGGAUUUCCAAAUGGUUUUGACAGUUCAAAAGCCUAUCGUCAAACAUCAGCUGAUAGUGAUUCAUCAAGUAAUAUGACAUCAGAAUCUCAAUCGGAAUCGGAAUCAGCACAAACAAGUGAGCAAGAUGCUAUUGACAAAACUGAAUUAGAAUUGACAAAAUCUGAAAUCUAUAAUUCUGUUCGACAAGCAUAUCAAUUAACAGGCCAAGAACGUAAAAAGACAGUGAAAAAAUUAUUAUUAAAAUGGCAUCCUGAUAAAAAUCCCGGCCGUGAACGUUUUGCUGCCGAAGUAUUUAAACAUUUACGGAAACAAAUUGAUCAUUUUGAAAAUGAUCCAUUAACAUCAUUUUUCAAUACAUUCAAUAAUUUUCAUCCAUCGCCAUUUUCUGCUUCCGAUCCGAAAUUUAGUUGGAAUAAAAGUUCAAGCACACAUAAAACAAAUCAUGCUUCAGCAUCAUCAGCCACAGCUGAUGAUCGUUUUGGUAGUUUUGAUAAUUUAAAUAAAGAUCCUAAAGAUGACACAAAACGUAGUUAUCAAGACAUACCUAAUGGUGCUGAUCACGAUGCAACAGAUAAUACUGAUACGAAUGGAAAUGCAAACAAAAGUCGUUUUAGUCCACAUCGUUCAUCAUCAUUUCGUACGGCACGUGAAGAAUGGCAAUAUCGUCGUCAGCAUGGUUUUCAACGACGUCAUGGAUUUUUUAGUACCACUGAAGAAAAUCCAACGGGUAGUACUACAAAUGGUACGAAUGCUCACACGUCAUCAUCAACAGGAGGAACUGAAAGUCCAAAUGCACGUCGUAAACGUAAUUAUCAACAAUCAGAAGCUGAUCGAUGGCUCAAACAAGCUCAACAUGAUCUUGAAAGUGCAUACAAUGAUAUGCAUUCAUCAACUAGUCAAGUUGCUUAUGAUUGGGUUUGCUAUAAAUGUUAUCGGGCGGCUGAAAAAGCAUUAAAAGCUUACCAUUAUUAUAGAGACACUGGAAAAAAUAUGACAGCGGACAUUCCUGGUUUAUUAAUCGGCGUUGAAAAUGAUGUUCGAGAAAUAGGAUAUAAAUUAUACAAAUGGAUUGGAGAUCCAAAUCGAAUGCAAUAUCCUAAUGCAGCGCGAUUCGCUAAAAUUCCAGCUGAAGUAUUCACUGUUUCUCAAGCCGAACAAGCAAUUGACUAUACAAAAGAAUUAUUAAAGAAAAUCGAAGAUAUAUUGUAUCCAUGA